AUGACGAAGGGAAUUGGCCUCCAAUGGGAGUGGUGUAUGCCCUAUCUCACGAACGCUGCGACUAACACCGCGUUUGGCAUCGCUUUGCAGCGCAAGGCCUCAAAGAACUUUCCAGCCACAGAUCUGGUCUCUCGUAUCGCCAGUACAACAUUCGCUGUCCGUUCCAAUGCUUCAAUGGAGAGCCUGUUUUCAGAGCUUUGCGAAAUGGCAAACGCUGGUGCUACCAUACAGCUGAUUGAACACAAAGAGCACAGAUUCUUGGGUUUCGCUAAGGUCGUUCGCUGCUUGCUAGAGAAAUGGGACCAACUCGAAGACUGGUUCCAAGGAAGUAUUGAUAAAGCUAUUCGUGAGCGAAAGUCAGCGCCAGAACCAUUUCCUAUUGCUGACGACAAGAUGAACCUACUGCUGCUGUACGGACUUCUCAACCCGAUCAUGGCAUUAAAUAUGAUGAGUCAAAAGGAGGACACAAAUCAAGUUGAU